GAGAGCAUCACAAUUCUCGGUUUUGGUUGAAGUCUCAAUGUAUGCCUAUGUGCAUGUGUAUAGAAACACCAUGUGGAAAAAUUUCAGAGGUUGAGGUUUUGGCUAUGCUCUUGAGAUUGCGAAUUGCUAAGUCUACUACUAAAAUAGAUCACAUUUCUUUCCAUGAUAUUGUUAAGUUGCAUGCCUACAAAAAAGGCAAUAGUGGAAUUGCUCAUUCAGUUGUGCGAGCAAUAAAGUUUCAAGCGUUCACCCCACAACACACGGAGCAUAUAUGGGCUGCAUGUUUCUUACUCUUCAAAUUUGAUACUAAUCAUGAAAUCAUCAAUAUCUCAAUUGAUGAUCUUCUAUCAUUCGUCGAGCAGUUUGUCCUCCCUCUUGCAAUGCAUAGUUUUAUUACAUACUUCCGUUGCAAUGCUGUUCUAGAGCUUCUUCGCCUUGCUACAGAAAAAUUUGAGGAACUAGAAAAUUCUUUCCUGGAUGAAGCCAAUAAUAACCACAUUAAUUCAUCAUGUUUAAGGAGUUCAGGUUCUAUAUCAACUUUACAAUCUAACCCGCUACUUUACCGAAAAUUCGCACACUUGAGAGCGACUCUUUUAGAAACAAGGGCAAAGAUUAUGCUAAGAGGUGGCGUAUAUGACAUCGGAGAGAGGCUUUGCAGAACAGCUGUCAGCAUCAAGGAAGUUAUUUAUGGCUGGGAGCAUCCAGAAACAGUGUCUUGCCGCGAAACCCUUGACAAAUUUGUUACCCUUCAACCGACUUUUUAGUUCAUUGUACUUUGUAUAAUUUUGUAUUGUCAGUUGCCAAUAAUGCACCCUUAAAUAGGCUGAUAUUCAGAUCCUGCAUAUAAUUGGAUUUGGUAUAACGGGAUUUGAUUUAGAAUUAUUUUUCUUCAUGCAAAGUUUGAAGAUAUAUGGAUUGCUAACUUUUCUGGCAAGCUGAUUCAUUCAUCACGUUUUUCAUUAUAAAACAUUGAUACCCAAAUAUCUUGUAAUUUUGAACCGGAUAUGAGUUAUGGAUCUUUGUUAGCUCAACUGGAGCAUAUUCAACUAAUUUUGUUAAUGCUAUAAUAGAUUUCUUUUUUUUUAACGAGCUCAAGAGAUUUAUUGUGUUCUUUUUUCUGGAUUGCGGAGGUACUUUUCUAUGACUCUAGUCAUAGAAUUUAAAUUCAGCAAUUCGACCCUCGUCUAGCUGAGUUAUAUCAUAUAUUCAUUUAGUAGUUAUCUAGUUGUGAAUCUAUCUAGUUGUGAAUCACAACAGCUUGGCGUAAACUUCAUAUUUAAUUAUAUGGCAGUCAUUCUAACCAACUUAUAUAUUAACAAGUAUUAAACUACUGUAGUAAAUAACAACAGCUUGCCAGCGUUCUCUAUUUGAACAGUGCUAUGAGUUACAGCCUACCUUUCAGCUUUUGCUUCAGAGACCCGAACGCCUAGCAUUGCAUCUAGAUGAGAUGAGUCCUUUCACUGAGCGGCUUGUUGGAGAAACAGGACGGAUUCAUUUUGUUAAUGACAUCCAGGAGAUGGAAAGCUUGGUUGGUUUCAGGAUGCAUCAGCUGUCCCAGGCCCAAUUAAUGAUCCAUCGGUAUGGAGCACCUCAAGAGCCCAUCCCCCAUGCAGAUGGACCUCAGAUUCAGGAUUCUGAGAACGGGGUUGAGGAUACUAAUAUGUCUGUAGAAAAUGGUGAUAAAGGGAAUUUACCACCACAGGUUCAGGAUUCUGAGAACCGGGUUGAGGAUAUUAAUAUGUCAGUGGAGGAUGGUGAUGUAGGGAAUUUACCACCUGAAAAUGGUUCAAUGGAUCAGAACGGUGAGAUGGAGGAAUGAUGAAUGAACUCAGAUGGGAACUUGAGAUGGAGGGAGUAGGAAUUUGAUGGUGGGUUGACUGGAGUCACGGAUGAUGCUACUGAAGUUCGCCUGAAGAUGCUUCGAUUGUUGUGGGUGGCAAUCAAUAUUUUGCUCCAGGACCCGACAGAAUUUGCAUGCUCCUUCAGAAAAAGGUUUUUCUAGAUUCACGUCUUAAGCACGAUUCGUCUGGGAUUGUGUAGAAUCCUAGAUAACGCAUUUCCCCCCUGCAGUGUUGCAUGGGUGCAUGAGACUGAGGGAUCAAGCCUUUCAGAGGAUUCUAUGGAGUAAGGAAAUAUAUCUUUCUCACAUGUUGUAACACCUUGUAUUUUGACCUAGUUUGUUUCUUUAUGAAACUAUGUACAUUAACAUUUUAUAUUAAGUUGUCGGAGGUUAUCUAGCCUCAAUGAACUCUGUAACUUACAUA